AUGUCGCAAGCAGCACCAGAGAUCAUAGAGAACCCUGACGGGACGAAGAGUAUUAUCACUUACAAGACUGAAAAUGGUGAGAAGUAUAAGAUUAUUCAGAAGGUGAGAGAUGUUAAGAUAACUGAGCGUGUGCAUAGAUCUGUUGCUGAGAGAAGAAGCUGGGCCAAGUUUGGUGCUGAGAAGAACUCGCCACCUGGACCAAACAACUCUACUACACAAUUCGGUGAAACCGUUGAGUUAUUGCUUGACAGAAACUGGAGAAAGAUCAUUGAAGCCAGAACUCAAAAGCUUAAGGCAUCUGCUUCUAAGACUAUUACAUGUAGACUGUGUGGUAACGCGCAUUACACUAUGAACUGUCCAUUCAAGACCAUUUUGAGUGAAAUAUCGGCAUUGGAAGACCCAGCUGCUGCCGCUGCUGGUCCAGGUCUACCUGAAGAAGUGCCAGCUGGCAAGGCUGACUCUGGUAUCACCGCAACAGGUGCUUAUGUGCCACCAUCUCGUCGUGCUGGUGCAAGAGAUCCUUCUUCAGACGCUUACAGAGACGCUAGAGAACGUGAUGACAGCUGUACAUUGAAGAUUCUACAAUUGAACGAGAACGCAGAUGAAAACACCCUAAGAAACGAACUAUUAUUCCCAUUCGAACCAAUCCAAAAGGUUGUCGUUGUCAGAAACAAGGAAACCGGCAGAUCCAGAGGUUUGGCAUUCGUUACAUUCAUUAAUGAAGACAUGGCUGAGAAGGCCUUGCACUUCUUGGACGGUAGAGGUUUCAUGAACUUGAUUCUACGUGUCGACUGGUCCAAGCCAAAGGUCCCAGCACCACAAUAA